AUGGAGUCGGCGACGGCAGAGGUCGGGACAUCGCCGGCGGUAACGGGAUCGCGGCAAAGAUUUGGGCAAAGCCUCCGGCCGACUUCAAACAAUGGGUCGCGAAUGCACACGGAGUCGGCGACGGCAGAGGUCGGGACGGCGCCGGCGGUAACGGGAUCGCGGCAAAGAUUUGGGCAAAGCCUCCGGCCGACUUCAAACAAUGGGUCGCGAAUGCACACGGAGUCGGCGAUGGCAGAGGUCGGGACGGCGGGGAAGUCGCGCGUCGGGGGAGUUGGGCGGCGGAGGAGUCGGGACGGCGGCUGCUCACAAGGACCUCCAACUGCCAGGGCUCGCAUCAACUCACUCAAUGCGUUUAAACGGUGGGUGGCCUCCGAAAACGUCCCGUUCGAGUAUCUAUUGACUCGCAUUGCCCAGGAUGCGACGGCAUCGGUGUUCGAGGCAGCAAUGGACAAGUAUGGUAUCCACCUUGCCUUUAACGAAGGCAGUCGCGGCCGUAAGUUGACAAAGUCUACAGUAAUACAGUACUACAGACAGGACAAGAACUGGCUGCAGGAGAAAAAUCCAUCACUACGCGUGUCACUCGAAGAACGACUGCAAAAGAUGGCGCGCACGCUUGAGCGUAAUUGUUUGAAGCGUGAGCAUGGUGGCGUUGUGAAGAAAGCCGAGGCUUGCACGAAGCAAGCCUUGUGUGUGCUUGUUCAGUGGCUGUAA